GACUGCAUUAAAGAUUUUGGGAUCUCAAUUUUUGUGCAAAAAGCAGACAAUUUGCAGCAGCAUCCACGAUGGACGCUGCAGUAGCAUGCGCGUCGUCGACGGCGCCGGAUAUCGUCACCCUGGAACUCAAAGAUGUGAACAUGACAGGGAAGGACAGGGUUGGAGUCAAAGAUUUUGAACUAUUAAAAGUGCUAGGAACUGGAGCUUAUGGAAAAGUCUUCCUUGUGAGGAAAAUUGGUGGAUCAGACCAUAAGAAGUUGUAUGCUAUGAAAGUAUUGAAAAAGGCCAGCAUUGUCCAGAAGACAAAGACAACAGAACACACGAAGACAGAGCGACAGGUUUUGGAGUCAAUUCGACAAUCACCGUUUCUUGUUAAGCUUCAUUAUGCUUUCCAAACAGAUGCCAAGCUGCAUCUUAUUCUUGACUAUGUGAGUGGAGGGGAGAUGUUUACACACCUGUUUCAGAGAGACAACUUCAAAGAGUCCGAAGUCAGGAUAUACAUCGGAGAGAUUCUGUUAGCUCUUGAGACUCUACACAAGCUUGGAAUAAUAUAUCGUGAUAUCAAGCUAGAAAACAUUCUGCUUGAUUCAUCUGGACAUGUUAUUCUCACAGACUUCGGCCUCAGCAAAGAGUUUCUAUCAACAGAUGAAACACACAGGGCAUAUUCGUUCUGUGGGACAAUUGAAUACAUGGCACCUGAAGUAGUUAAAGGUGGUUCAGGACAUGACUUUGCAGUAGAUUGGUGGUCACUUGGAGUUUUGACUUACGAGCUUUUAACAGGCGCAUCACCUUUCACUGUUGAUGGAGAAAAGAACUCACAAGCAGAAAUUUCGAGAAGGAUAUUAAAAUGCAACCCUCCAAUACCCAAAAGCUUUUCUCCUCAAGUGAAAGACUUCAUUCAGAAGUUGUUGAUCAAAGAUCCGGCACGCAGACUAGGAUCAAGAGGAGCUGAGGAAGUUAAGAAACAUCCAUUCUUUAAAGGUUUAGACUGGGACUUGCUGGCAAAAAACAAAAUUCCAGCUCCAUUUGUGCCUCAGAUUGGACACGAGCUGGAUGUGAGCAAUUUCUCAGAAGAGUUCACCAGAAUGGAACCUGCCGAUUCCCCUGCUGUGAUACCGCUUAAUGGAGCGAAACUGUUUAAGGGCUACUCGUACAUAGCACCCUCCAUUAUCUUCACAGAAAACACAAUUACCUCAAACAUGUUGAAGAAAACGGGAGACCAGCAGCCUGAUGAGAAAAACUUCCUUAACGCCACCAGUUUGAAGAGUUCACCUUUCUUCCAUCAGUACGACAUUGACCUGAAGGAACCUCCUCUGGGUGAUGGUAGUUUCUCUAUUUGCAGGAAAUGCCGUAACAAAUUAACAAAUAUUCAGUAUGCUGUGAAGAUAGUGAGCCGACGGAUUGACUGUACCAGGGAAGUGUCUCUUCUACGGUUAUGUCAAGGUCAUCCAAAUAUCGUGACUAUGUUUGAAGUUUUUCAUGAUGAGUUUCACACAUAUAUAGUAAUGGAGUACCUGAAAGGUGGUGAAUUAUUUGAACGUAUCAAGAAGAAGAACAGUUUUACGGAGACGGAAGCGCGAGAGAUAAUGUUGAAGUUGGUGAAAGCUAUCGAGUUCAUGCACAGUAAAGGAGUGGUUCAUCGAGAUCUAAAGCCAGAGAAUUUAAUAUUUGAAGAUGAUUCUGACGAAGCUGAAAUCAAAAUAGUUGAUUUUGGAUUUGCACGAUUCAAUCCGGAGAACCAGACCUUGAACACACCAUGUUUUACUCUCCCGUAUGCUGCUCCUGAAGUUUUACAUCAAACGACAAACCGAGAUCAUGGUUAUGAUGAGUCGUGUGAUCUGUGGAGUUUGGGAGUUAUACUGUACACCAUGCUGUCCGGCAGGGCUCCAUUCCAGGCCCAGUCUCAAGAGGAUACAGCAGAAAGUAUCAUGCAACGAAUCAAGGGAGGUGAAUUUGACCUGUCUGGACGAGAAUGGACUUCUGUCUCAGAACCAGCUAAAAAACUCAUUAAAGGUUUGCUGUGUGUAGAACCAAAAAUGAGGUUGACGGGGCCCGAUCUCCUUCAGAACGCAUGGCUCAAAGACAACAACAAUCAAGUGUGUUCCCAGAUGCCGCUCCACACGCCAGGUAUUUUGAACAACUCAACUCACUUUCUUGUUGGUGCGACUAUGAAUGCCUUUCACAUGGCCACUAAGGAAGGCUUCAGGCUUCAGGAUGUUGCCACCGCACCACUUGCCAAAAGGAGAAGAGCAAAAAAGAGUUCCACAGACAAUCGUAGCAGUUCCACAGACAGUAAUAACUCGGGCUCCACUGUGUCUAGCAUUACUCAGUCUCCCGUGCGACAGUCGCCUGUGAGAACAUUCUCAAAUACAUCCAGCACAUCAAACACUUCCCAGGGUUCAUUGUGCAGUACAGGUUUUGUACCUAACCGCAGCGUCACUCCAGUGUCGGAUAAUUCCACUAAUUCAGUGUCUAAGGACCGUUUUAUCAUACCAGUAAAUUCCAAACAUGGUGACGAUCUGAACAAUUCUCUGCAAAUAUCGAGUGCAAUUAAGCGAAAGCUGGACAUGGAAAGUGAGAACUUGGAUGAGGAUGAUGAUGAUGAUUGUGUGAUUGUUGAAAAUACAUUCCCAUCUUACAGUGACUCUCACAGCGUAACCAAGGUCGACAAGUCAAAUGGGAAGGUUGUGAAAAAGAAAAGAACUGACACUAUAGUGAUUGAUGAUUAGGUUUAGGUUUUUAAUGACGCAAGUACCAGUACCAAGUUUUAGCUGUAGUGAGUUUGUGUCUGAUUAAAUGUAAAUGGCAAGAAAGGUUGAAUCAUACACUUUUAAAGGAAUUUGUGAACCUAACUAGUGUUGAGUAUUUUUGUAAUAAGAGGAGUAAAGUUGCAGGAAGAGUAAAAUAUAGACUAGAACUCUUGUGUCAUAGGGCUGUUUCGAAAAUACAUUAUGUGAGCAACAGUUGAAUCAGAUUUCCUGUACGUCACAUAAAACUUCAAUUCAAGUGCCUUCCAGUCUUCCCGUAGAUGUACUUCUGGAAGAGAACAAAAGUGUAAAUGGCAAAUCCUCGUUAGUAAAUCAUCACCUUGUGUUAUGUGAAAUUCACUUUCAAAUGUCACCUUUUGAAAAUUAUUUUUUAUUGACUCUAAAUGGACUGAUUGUUUUGGAGUGUUAAAUUGUAUGUCAAAGUGCUUAUUACUUAACCGUGUUGUGUUUUAGAGAGACAGUGUUGAUAGGAUUAAUACACUAAAAUUUCAUAUUAUAUUUUAACACACAAAAUGGAACCAGUAUGUGCACAAAGUGACAAGAAAAUUCCAGUUAUUGUUACCUUCAUUAGCCAUUGCCCAACAUUCCAACAGUAUUCUAUAACCUUUUCAACUAUUCUUAAACUUCUUUUAGAAAGUGUCUUCACUCUUGAACAUACCUUUAAUUAGUCUUUCAGAGCUAAAACAUUGUUUAUGUGAAUUUUCUUGUGGAAAACAGUGUCAGGGAGAUAAUGAGAUCUCACAUCCACAUGUGGUGAUACACAUAUUCUUAAGAUCUGUGUGCAACUUCCAAAUACUGUGAAUAUUCCAAAUACUGUUAAUAUUAACAAUAAUUAAUUGUUGCAUAAAAUUGUCUUAUUCGUUACUAGAUGAAAUUUGAUUGCGACAAUCAAAGAUAAUUUUGAAUAAAACAAAACAUUAAUUACUUGAUGCUCAACCUAUUAAUCAACACUGAUUCUUAGAAGUAUAUAUAAUAUUUCCUCAUCCCUCAUUCUCCACUGAUGUUGCCAUUUUAAAAGCACCAGUGCCUAUUUUACAUAAAUAAGUAAAAGUAAAUGGAAAAGGCAUCUAUUCAUAUUCAUGUUAAUUGUGUGAUGUUGCAUGUGAAUGUUCAUGUUAGUAUUUUGAAAUAGGGGAAACUCCCACCAUUUAUCAUUCACAAGACUUAAUUAAAGUGGUGGAUUAUGUACUAGCUCACCUUAUGUUAUAAGGAUGGCUCACAUGUUCCUUGGCUUUAUCAUCAUGUAAUAAUAAUAAUUAAGAAUUGACCGCAAUUAUUUUUUGGUUCAUGCAAGUAUGAACCGAAAAAAUGAUGUGCACAUUGUAUGAGCACGCGUAGAAGGUCAUACAAAAGUGUGCACAUCGUUUUUUCGGUUCAUACUUGCAUGAACCAAAACAUAAUUGCUGUCAAAUCUUAUAAUUAAAUUUAUAUGCAUACUUUAACAA